UCUUUGGUCAGGGGUGUCAAGUGUUUGUAAUGGCGUUUGAACUGUCAAACCCACUGCCAGAGAGGAUUGACUAAUUGAACAGAAACAAUAGGGAAAUGUCGAUUAAUUUAGAUGUAAAACUGAAGAGAGCGAGUAAGAUUUACCACGAAGGGGAAACAGUGGCUGGUUUGCUUCUACUCCAAGCAAAUUCUGAUGUCAAGCACGAUGGAAUUUCCCUCAGUAUGGAGGGAUCUGUCAAUUUGCAGUUGAGUUCUAAAAAUGUUGGGAUUUUUGAGGCUUUUUAUAACUCAGUUAAGCCUAUACAACUGGUGCAAUAUACUCUAGCUGUAGCUCCAGCAGGGAGAAUUCCCAGUGGAAAGACUGAAAUUCCCUUUGAGCUGCCCCUGAAGCCUCGAGGAUCGAGGACUCUUCACGAAACUUAUCAUGGAGUUUUCGUUAAUAUUCAAUACGUCAUACGGUGCGAUAUAAAAAGAAGUUUUCUUGCCAAGGAUGUGAGCAAGUCCUUGGAAUUUAUGGUGGAGAACAAGGCGGGUCUGCCGAAGGAAAUUCAAGUGCCGAACAAAACCGUAAACUUCAAAAUAAUGCCGGAGUCUCUGCAAAAUGUUCGAGAUAGAGCCAAUGUUCCCCGUUUCUGCAUCACUGGAAAGAUAAAUUCAGUAAUUUGUAAAAUCUCGGAGCCACUCUCUGGGAUGGUAAUUAUCGAAAGGUGUGAAACAACGAUUAAAUCGAUUGAAUUGCAGCUGGUGAGGGUGGAGACUUGUGGCUGUGCUGAAGGAUACUCUAGAGAUGCAACGGAAAUCCAGAAUAUACAAAUUGGCGAGGGGAAUGUUUGCAUCGGUUUGCCUGUACCUAUUUACAUGAUAUUUCCGAGAUUAUUCACGUGUCCAACAUUGAGUACUAGUAACUUCAAAAUUGAAUUUGAAGUGAAUCUGAUAGUUGUUUUCGAGGAUGACUACCUUGUAACAGAAAAUUUUCCCAUCAUUCUGGAGCGUCACUAACGAUGAUCAAUAAAUUUUGUAAAUUCUUUGUAUAAAAUUGUAUAUUAUCCGUUUUAUAUGAUUUCCUCGCGAUGUAUAAUGAUUGUUGUCAUAAUUGAAAUAAUCGUCGAAAAAAGUGAUCACUCAAAAAAUGCCCGUUUAAUCUGGCAAUAAAUUUGUCUAAAUGAUAAA